AUGAUACAUUUAUUUUAUGCUAUCUCAUUUUUUCUUGUUAGUUUUAAAACAAAUGUCACUAGAGUCCAAGCUUUCACACAUCGAUAUGGUACACCUUUCCAUCAAGAUGCUUCAUUUUUACCAAAAUUUUUUCCGCAUGUCCCUGCUGACCAUAUUUAUAAUAACGUUCAGAUUUCUCUUCCUUAUCAUAAGAAGUUAUAUGAAGUGGUUAAUAACGAUACGUCACAUAUUACGAAACCUUUAUAUUUAAAAGCUAAAGAAAAUAAAGAUUUACAGAAAAACACCACAGACAUCGCAAAUUAUUUUACAGAAAAAACACACACAACGUUUCCAAACAAUGCUAAGAAUUUUCAUCCAAAUUUACAUUUUUCCAAUGAUAAACCAGUGUUAAAUGAAUUUUCAAACCCCGUGGAUAUGUUUCUGUUGAAAUUGAAUCAAAAACGCUUAUUUAGCCAAGGUGAAAACACGGUCAACAAGACAAAAUUUAAAGGGAUAAUAAAGCACUCAAACGGUCGCCGUGAAAAGAGAGCUAAGACUUCAGUCACCAGUGUGACCAAACGCGACAAAUUGUUUGACAUCCCUCUGAGUAAAACCACAAAAUAUUCAAACCAUAACCGUAGUAUUUCUAAACAUAAAAACUACACGCGCAAUGUUCCUUCAUAUCAAAGUCACACGCUCAACUCGACUACACAUUCAAAUACGCUAAGAACGGAAGCUAUACAUCAAAAUUACCCACAGAACACAAGUCAUAAACAAAACAACAUGAACCAUGCAGCAAAUAAUGAUACUUUUAACCAUCAUGGUAUUACUGAAUACCGCUCGGGAAGUGGGCAUGGAUUUACAACUAUGCAGUAUAACAACAACAGUACCUCUAAUGUACGAAAACCAGUACCCCAUGCGUAUACGCCUUCCAAUAAUUUCUAUAAAAACAAUACGUUAGCUAAUUCAUUUAAAGUAGGCAAUGAUAGUUGGCGAAUGAAUGACUUGCACCAUAUUUUGUCAAAUUGUGCAUUAAAAAAUGGAAGUUUGAGUAUGCAUCCAUGUUUACGAAAUAAUAGAAGUGAUAACACAAAAACUUUAUUAAACGACGAGCUGGAAAUUUUUCUACUUCGUUCAGAACAAAAACGAAAAAAAUUUUCACCAACAGAGAGAGUCAAAAAAAGCGUCGAAUGGCUAAAAUUGUGGAUUAACUCACAGAAAGAGCCCAUUUAUUUUGAAAGAAGUUUACUGAAAAAAUUGGAAAGCAGAGGAAUCGAAUUAAGAAAGCAAGUGCGUCUAACACCUGCUCACCGCGCAGCAUUAACGACGGAUAUACAACAAGCUGGUAAACUUCUAUUAACAAUGUCUCGACGUCAAAACAAGAAACGAGUGCUUAAAACUGGAACAAUAGCAGCAUUACUUUAUCUAGCAAACCUGAACUCUCAAGGAUAUACAGUGGAUAUGACAUUUGAAUCUGUUUCUUUUAAACAAAGGGAUUUUUGGCGACGGAUAUAUCAUGAGAAUAUUCGAAAAGUUCUUUUUGCGUUGACUUCUUUUUUGUCAGAAACGCUAUUGGAAUUAAUAGAGGAACUCACAGUUCCUAGAACAGAAAAUUUCCCAUCAGAGUUUUCAAAGAUCUCAAUGAUUUCUAAAAUGCGCUUAUUAAGAAGCCUUGCUCCAAGCUUAUGUCGACUCCGCCGGUCUACUUUUGACCCGAUUACAGGAGAAUGCAUCAUGGUGCAAGAUCAAGCACAAUGUUCGAUUAUUCUACCUGCAUCACCCUUUUACGAUAAUCAUGGACUUGAAGACACAAAUUUCUUUUCUUUGCAAUGAAGGUUUUACCAUUCCUUAUUUACGCAUCACACACGUUUCAUAUGUUAUAUUC